AUGUCGCUCCCCAAACCGCCCUCGGACGCGCGGUAUAGAGUGUCGACAGUCACACUAGAGAUCCCACUCGCAGAGCCGAUCAAACAGGAUUCCACCUCGCCCUACACCUACCAAGAAGGCGGUACGACCAAGCCCAUCCUCACCACCGACACAGUCCUGCUCACCAUCUACUAUCCUACGUCUGUCUCGCAGGAGAAGACGGACGGCCGCACUCUCGACUGGUUGGAGGCCCCCAAGCUCCGCUCCAUCGGCGGCCUGCUCAAAUACGCUGGCAUCUCUAAGUACCUCGCUAUCCCCAUCAUCCUGCCUGCAUACAGCGUCGUCGGGCAGAAGUUGCCGGUGCUUGUGGAUGCUCCCAUCGCAUCCGACUCGCCGUCAGAAGGCUUCCCCGUUGCCGUCUUCAGUCACGGCAUGGGCGGUACGAGAACAACCUAUUCUGCAUACUGCACGUCGCUCGCGGGCGCGGGUAUUAUCGUCGCAGCUGUCGAGCACAGAGACGGAUCUUCUUCGUCAACUACGAUCCAUCAUCCAGUCGCUCAGGACGGCAAGGGGUCGUCCGGUCUGUUCCGAUGGUUCUAUGGCGGCUCGAACGGAGUGGACAACAAGCUGUACGUGCGACCGGAUGAAGUCGAUGGCAAGCCGGAGCCACUGGACGUCCGUCGGGCGCAGGUCGAGUUUCGUCGUCGCGAGGUCUUGGCUGCGUUUGAUGUGCUGAAGGACAUCAGUGCUGGCAAGGGUUGUGCACUUGUUGACUCGUGCACGCGUUCGCAGCGCGACGACGCAAUGACCCGCGAGCGCCGCUCUAAGCUUUUGGCCGACUUUAGCGGCAAGCUCAAGAUGCAAGACACAUGGCUCAUCGGACACAGUUUCGGCGGUUCGACAGCGAUUCAAGCGCUGCGCCACACCGACUGUCCCUUCAGCCAAGCGCUUGUGCUCGAUCCUUGGGUCGAACCCAUCCCCAUCACGGGUAUCGACGUGGUGCCGGUGAGCAAACCGCUCUACACGAUCAACAGCGAAGACUUCACGCAGUGGAAGACGCACAUGGACGACGUGGCCACGAUCGCACGCGAAUCGAAGUCGAGCACCGGCGGCAAAGGCUGGCUGCUCACUAUUGGCGCUGAAGGCACGGAAAAGCCGGAGGCGACCGGCGCGACGCAGGUAGCACCGCCUUCGAGGCUUGUCAUAGUCCACGAUAUGUUUGGCACGCUGUUCGGGCUCUCUGCCUGCAUUGAGGCGCUCAUCUCGCUGUUUCCAGACCAGCUUGAGCAAGCGCAAGGCGUGCCCGAGAUUGUGCCAGAGCUUGUGGUCAUGGACUGGUUCCACGGCACGCAGCGUGAUUUCACCUACUCGAGCGUAUGCGGCCAGUACAAACCGAUUGGCGAGGUAUUCAAAGGAACACUCCCGCGCGUUCUGCUCCAGGCAGGCAUCCUGCCAAAGCAGAACGCAAAAGGCAAACCUCUCACGCAAGCAGGCUCAUUCCAAAACGACGGCCCGGCCGAGAAGGCGCUCGAGAACCCGUUUGAUCCGGUUGUGGUAGAGACCAUGAUGAAAGCACUCAGCCAGCUUCAGCCUCGACCGGGAAUGGUGGAUGCGCUGACCAAGAUCUACCGUGACCGCGACGGCAAGGGGCGCCUGCCACCCGGUGUGGAUAAGGUGGAUGUGUGGGCAGCUACGAAUGGGUCCCUGCAGCUCGGCAGGUCCUCCUUCCUCCGUGUUCUGGGAGACAGCGACGGGGCGGACCUGGACAGCCAGGCUGCUCGCUCGGGUCGCUCGGACAAGGACAACGCUGUGGGAGCUGGUGUGGGACUAUUUAGCUGCGACGAGAUCGGUACAGCCAAGCCGGACCCAAAGGUGUAUGCGGAGGUGCUACGUCGCAUUCAGGCCGAACCGGUGGAAGCCAGCGCGGCCACGAAAGAAUACCAGGGGAUCUGGUUCGUGGCUUCGCAUACGUGGGAUACUUUUGCUGCCAAGCUGGCCGGCUUCCGAACAGCGUGGGUCACGUACGAAGAGUUCUACUCCUGCCCUUCGGUCUAUGGCACGCCAGACGUGGUGGGGAGGAACCUCGAAGAGAUCGCGGAAAAGAUCCUUGCCUUCGAGCGCGACCUUGGCUCAAAAGCGAAUCAGACACCCGUCAAAGCUUGGACCUACCACAAGGAGCAGCAGGAGCAAACGAACAAGGCAAGCCAACACACGUCAUUCUCUGACUUCCCCUUUCUGCUGCCCAAUAUGGCCAAGUUUGUGGGCACAGUUCCGUCACAGUCGAUCCUGGAGGUGAACAGCAACAUUACCAAGCGCAUGAUCUUGCAGGGCAAGAGGGAAGAGUCGGAUGGCGUGUUCACUGGUCUCAAGGGCGACAAGGAUGCACAAGAAUGGAGGAUCUGGAAGGAAGGUAAAGCACAGCCAAAGGAGCUGGACGCAUCGGCGAUUGGAAGCGAUGGCCAUCGAGUGGGAAGGCUCAUCGUACAUGCGCUCUAG